UCAAUAGGUUUUACGUCCGAAGGGUCUGUUGCUGUUCCGCGACUAUGGGCUCUACGAUCACGCGAUGCUUCGGUUCAGUGACGGACACAAACUCGACGAUAAUUUCUACGUCCGACAGGACGGCACCCGUGCCUACUAUUUCUCGACCGAAUAUAUGGAUUCGUUGGUCAAAUCGUGUGGUUUUGAAGUCAUUCAAAAUGAAUACAUUAGACGCCAAACAGUGAACCGUAAGGAAGGCACGAGUGUGGAGCGCAUAUUCAUUCAGGGAAAGUAUGCCAAAAUUGCCUCCACAUAACCAUGGCUUAAUACGGUAUUACUAGACUAUGCAC